AUGAUAUGGGUUUACUGUCACUUCAGAAGUGCAAAUGACAACGCCGUUGGGCAAGCUACAAAGGGGAUUGUUGAUGGCACAAUGUCCACGAAGCAUAGGGGGGAGGGGAAAGGGGAGGUGGNAUCCAAAUCAUCAAUCCCUGCUGAUAAUCCGGACUUGAAUCCUAACACUAUUUCAAACGAAAACAUCCCGCUGGGUAAUAAUAUUACGAUCAACCUUGAGUCUAACGUCCCGCUGGAUAAUAAUUAUACGAUCAAUACUGAUUCUGAUACAUUAAUCAACAAUGAAUUGGAAACGUUCUCUUAUGAUUGGAAGCUGUGUCCGGGUCCCGUGGCGGUUGAUUACAUACCGUGCCUUGAUAAUUGGAAAGCAAUAAAGGCAAUAAGGUCAAGAAGGCAUAUGGAGCAUAGGGAAAGGCAUUGCCCUGUACCUAGUCCCAGGUGUUUGAUUCCUUUGCCGGUUGGUUAUAAGUUGCCGGUUUCGUGGCCUAAGAGCAGGGACAUGAUAUGGUAUGGCAAUGUUCCUCAUCCUAAGCUUGUGGAAUAUAAGAAAGAGCAAAAUUGGGUAAAACAAUCUGGUGAUUAUUUUGUUUUUCCUGGAGGUGGAACACAGUUCAAGGAUGGAGUAAAUCACUACAUCGAAUUCAUUGAAAAGACUUUUCCAACAAUUGAAUGGGGAAAGAAUAUAAGGGUCGUUUUAGAUGUUGGAUGUGGUGUUGCUAGCUUUGGCGGUUAUUUGCUGGAUAAAAAUGUCAUUACCAUGUCAUUUGCUCCAAAGGAUGAACAUGAGGCUCAGAUACAGUUUGCACUCGAGCGUGGAAUCCCUGCUACUCUCUCAGUCAUUGCAACUAAAAAGCUUGCAUUUCCAGAUAAUGCAUAUGAUAUGAUUCAUUGUGCAAGAUGCAGGGUUCACUGGCAUGCAGAUGGAGGAAAACCAUUGAUGGAGCUCAACAGGAUUCUUAGGCCAGGAGGGUACUUCAUAUGGUCUGCAACUCCAGUUUAUAAGAAAGAUGAAGGACAUAAGAAUGUCUGGAAAGUUAUGGUUAAUCUGACCGAAGCAAUGUGCUGGAAGAUGGUGACGAAGACCUACUUUAAAAGAGCUAGAGUCGGGCUAGUUAUAUAUCAAAAGCCAGAUUCAUCUUCCUGCUAUGAGAAUCGUAAAGAAAAUAAUCCCCCUAUGUGCAACCAGAACCAUAGGCUGAAUAGUUCAUGGUACACGCCACUGGACAGCUGC